GGAAGACACGGACGGACAACCUUCACUCCUUCUCUCCUAUGCCAGCCAGGCUCAACAUUCCUGCUCUCUGGCUAUUACCCUUUCUUUACUCGAAUACCAUGUCCCUGUGAAUCCAACGCUAUCGGUUCCUGACCCAGCAACCCGAUUGUUUACAUUGCAUUCACCAUGGCCAAGUCCGCGGACGUUGUGAAGACCGCCGUACAAUCCCAGAAGGAGCAGAUCUUGUCGAGACGGUAUAUUGAGGGCCUGAUUGCAGAUGGGAAACAUGUUAUUAUCUUCGAGAACCGUGUCCUCAAGGUGGAUGCUUGGAUCAAGUUCCAUCCGGGGGGUGACAAGUCGAUCAAACACAUGGUUGGGAGAGAUGCGACAGACGAGAUCAAUGCAUUACACUCGAAAGAAGCGCGACAACGAAUGUUGUCCUUCCAGAUUGGCCGCGUACAAGGCGUCUGGUUGAACUUCCUACCUCCCAUCCAAGGAGGCAAGUUCCGUCCGUAUAACGAUGAAGCGUGUUUUGAAGAGGAUAGCAGCUCCGGACAAGAAACGUCGCAGCCGCCGUCUCCCGUUUUCGACGCAGUGGACGGAAAAGAUACCGUUCGCCGCAGAAAGUCGACUUCCACGAACACCUCAGUUUCGACCCCCGGUAGCGACGACGAAUUCGAACCAAAGCCUUUUUUCCUCGAUGCGAGAACACAGGAGGAGAUUGUUUUCGAUAUCAACAAAUACCCGUCGCUUGAUACCACCAGCCAGGAGAGUAUCCGGCAGAAGUACCGCGAACUGGAUCAGCGGAUUCGCGCGGAAGGCCUGUACGACUGCAAUUACUUUUCGUAUUUUAUUGAAUGUUGCCGGUAUACACUGUUCGCAGGCUUGUCAUAUUAUUUUCUUCGCUUGGGAUGGUACGGGACGUCGGGUUUCUUCCUGGGUUGCUUCUGGCACCAGCUUGUUUUUAGUGCCCAUGAUGCAGGUCAUAUGGGUAUCACUCAUCAUUUCCAUGUCGACAGCGUUAUUGGCAUGAUAAUUGCAGAUUACCUAGGAGGAUUGAGCUUGGGAUGGUGGAAGAGGAACCAUAAUGUCCACCACAUCGUCACCAACGCCCCUGAACACGACCCCGACAUUGAACACAUGCCAUUGUUCGCCAUUUCGCACCGUUUCCUCACGAGUCUCACGAGCACUUACUACGAGCGUGUAAUGACCUUCGACGCCGCAGCCAACUUCUUGCUGCGCUUCCAGAACUACCUCUACUACCCCAUCCUACUCUUUGGCCGAUUCAACCUCUACGUUCUGAGCUGGCAAUAUCUCCUCAGCAGCCAAGCACCUAAAAAAGGCCCAGCCUGGUGGCACCGCUGGUUCGAGGUCGCCGGACAAAUUUUCUUCUGGGCCUGGUUCGGCUACGGUGUCCUUUACCGUACCAUUCCUGACUGGAGUAGCCGUGUCCUUUUCAUCCUGAUCUCUCAUAUGGUCACUUCGCCAUUGCACGUUCAAAUCACACUCUCCCACUUCGCCAUGUCCACAGCUGAUUUGGGCGUGCACGAGUCCUUCCCCCAGAAAAUGCUCCGCACUACCAUGGACGUGGACUGCCCAACAUGGCUGGAUUUCUUCCACGGUGGUCUUCAGUUCCAAGCUAUUCACCAUCUCUACCCGCGUAUCCCGCGGCAUAACCUCCGUCGCACGCAGAAACUUGUCCUUGAGUUCUGUCGUGACACGGGUAUCCCAUAUGCUAUCUUCACGUUCCUUGAUGGUAAUAAGGAGGUUAUUGGUCGACUCGGAGACGUUGCGAAGCAGGUUCGUAUCCUGGAGGAGUGUCGGAAGUCUUGCGCGCAGCAGGGCGUUUUUUCUGACCAUCAUUGAUCUUGUCUGAAUUCGUGCGUCUAUUGUUACUUGACGGUCUGUUGUAAAUACCGCUGAAAUGUAUAUAAUGCCCGCUACGCUCUGCUCUAGAUUGAUACUCAUGUUAUGUCGAUAAUGAGAAUAUGCAUUAUUUAGGUUUUUAUUACACAUUGAUCUCCCUG